UAAAAGCGGCGUGUAACAGAAAACUUUAUACCAAUUCGAAGUUAUUGUACACACAAUGAGAGUAUUGGUGCUGCUUUCAGCUGGACUAGUUUUAACACUCGCUCAAAAUUCCGCUCUUCUGGACAAGUUUAUUGCCGGUAAUCAGCGGUUUAGCGUAGAAUUGUACAAGCAAGUCAAAAAGACGACAGAUGGAAACUUCCUGAUAAAUCCCCUUUCGCUGCAGAUGAUCAUGUCUCUUGCGCUGACGGAAGAAUCAGGCGAAGACUUCCAGAAGAUCUUCUCGACCCUGCAGCGGCCGGAGGCCACCCUAGAAGAAUCGAUGGAAAUGUUCACCCAGAUCGUCGCAAAUCUGGAUAACACCGGCGAUUCUACUAUAGCCAGCGCAAAUAAGAUCUUCGUAAAAAAGGGGCUGGAAAUUGGCGAAGACCUUAAGGUUUCGGCCGUUAAUAAUUUCAAGUCGGAAAUUGACGAAUUGAAUUUUCUCGCAAAAUCGUCAAUAGCCAAGAUAAACAAGUGGGUCGCCGACAACACCUUUGACAAAGGAGUGGAGAUGGUUACAGACAAAAGCUUCAGUAAGAAAACGAAGAGCGUGCUGGUAAAUCUUCAAUACUUCAAGGGCUACUGGCAGAAGAAAUUCCCAACGCGCGCCACCAAAUCUCGACCGUUUUACGUGAGCGAAACUGUAACCAAGCAGGCUGAAUUAAUGGAGGUCUCCACCAACUUCAAGUAUGCGUAUAACCACAGCUUAAGGGCCCAGUUCAUCGAGCUGCCGUACCGGGACUCGGACAUGUUCAUGACGGUGAUCCUACCGGAUGAUAAAUAUGGACUUCCAGGCUUGGAGGAGAGAAUCGACGAACUCUUUUAUGAUCAGUUCUAUUACGGACCAAAGGUCCGAUUAGUACUGCCGACAUUUGAACUUAAAUCCACUGUUCAGCUUGACGACGCCUUAAGGAAUAUGGGGAUGGAAGGUGCGAUUGGUGAAAAUUCGGGAAAUCCAAAUGACAACAAAUUUCAAGUCACCAAUGUCUACCAAAAAGCCAUUAUCUUAGUUGAUGAAGAAGGUCAGGUCGUACCAGCGAAACGAGGGAAAAUACAAGGUACGCCACCAUGGGUGGAAGUUUUGGUGGAUUUUAUCGCGGAUCAUCCUUUUUUGUUUUACUUAAAAUCUCCCGGAGCAGGAGUGUUCUUCAUUGGGCGCUACGUUUCGCCGUAAUUUAAGUUUAGAGACACUCAUUUGACAUGUACUUUUAUGAAGCGCUGUAUUAUGACUUCAUUUAUCGCCCAAAAAAUAAUUCAACCAAG